AUGUCUUUUAAUUUGGCUGGAAAGAAAUUUCUAGUUACAGGAGCAGGUCGUGGAAUAGGUCGAGUUCUUUCGAAGACUUUAAGUGAACAAGGAUGCAAAGUUUAUGCACUAAGUCGCACGCAAGAAACCCUUGAUACUUUGGCAGCGGGAAAUUCAAAUAUACACACAAUCCAAGCUGAUGUAAGGAACUGGGAUGAAUUGAGAAACAAACUUGAUGGGAUCGAAGUUCUGGAUGGACUUGUUAAUAAUGCUGGGGUAACAGAUGAACUGUCUGGCCCUUCGUUGGACGUUUCAAAAGCAUUUUUAGACAGGAAUUUCGAGACUGGAUUCUUAGCCUCAAUUAACACAAUACAGGUCAUCGGAAAUAAAAUGGUGGACGCCAAACGACCGGGCUCUAUCGUGAAUGUUUCUAGCGUGUUCUCGCUACAGAGUUUUCCACAAAAUUUAGGAUACACUGUAAACAAGGCAGCACUUGAUAUGAUCACCAAACAGUUUGCACUAGAGUUAGGACCACAUCAAAUUAGAGUGAACUCCGUUAACCCCACACUUGUUCUUACUGAGCAAGUACAGAAUUUUAUAACAAAUGUGUCACCUGUAGAUAAAAUCAUUAUAGAAAAGAUACCAAUGGCACGCAUACCGGAAGUGAGUGAAAUUGUGUACCCGAUCAUAUAUCUUCUUAGCGAUUUCUCAUCGAUGGUUUCAGGGACAACAAAUAUCAUUGACGGAGGACUGAUGUCAUCUUUUACUACUAAACUGUAA